AUGGAUGACACGCCACCAUCCGUCAAGAAGACAAAACUACAAUGGCGCACCCUCACCCCAGCCCUUCUCCCCCACCUCUCCCACAUAGCGGCAACAAUCCACCCCGGCCUCGCUGAACGCGACGCCGUCUUCCUCGAACGCAUAACUCUGUUUCCAACAGGUUGUCUCGGAUUAUUCGACGAAGAGUCCAACACACUAUAUGGCUAUUUAAUUUCACAUCCGAUCCGGCACCAGGAACCGCCUGAGCUGGAUUCGCUGCUUGGAGAAAUAGCAGAAGAUGCGGAUCAGUAUUAUAUUCAUGAUUUGGCUAUUUUGGCUGAAGCUAGGGGGUCUGGUCUCGCGCAAAGGGGGGUUGAAAAGGUACUGGGUACGGCGGCUCAGGCGUACAAGACAAGUUGUUUGGCAUCUGUAUAUGGGACGACGGCAUUUUGGGGGAAGUUUGGGUUUGAGAAGCCAGAGGUGGUUAGUGCAAGGUUGGGUGAGAAGUUGCUUGGUUAUGGGGAUGAGGCUGUGUAUCUUGAACGAAAGAAUGGGUGA